AUGUUGUAAAUUUUGUAUUCCUGUCAAUAAGACAUUUCAAUUAUAGAUUUUAUUUCAAUACUUUGCAGGGUCAUUUGUACUACUUCUUCUGGGACGCUGUCGUGAUGGUACGACGCAUAGUUAAACACUUUAAAUGGGAGAAAGUGUCAAUCCUGGGCCAUUCAAGGGGGGGAUCUAUUGGCUUCAUGUAUGCCGCGUAUUACCCCACCGAAGUGGAUUUCUUGAUUUGUUUGGAUAUAGCCUAUCCGAAAUUGGAACCCAUCGGGAAGAUGGUGGAUGAUACAGCCAAAACGGUUGACAGGUUCCUACGCUAUGAAACGUUCUCGGAAGAUAACAUGCCUUGCUAUGGAUAUACUGAGAUGAUAGAUCUGGUGGAAUCUGCUUAUUUGGGGUCAAUCACCAAUGACUCGGCCAGGAUUCUUAUGAACAGAGGCAUGAAACCGGCGAAAACGAAGAAGGGAACUUUCAACUUUACCCGAGAUAUCCGAUUAAAGGUGAAUAAUUAAUUAAUAUAUACUUUA